UCAACAAUUCAAUCAUCUACAAAUCGCAAUCCAAUCCAAAUCUCAACCACUUUCCAACACUUUUCAAACCUCUUCAUCAACCACUCAAUCAACAUGUCUGACUCUGGUCGCAAGGAUUUCUCCACCAAGGCUAAGGAGGAGAUGACUCCUGAUUCCGCCAAGUCCACUCAGGACAAGGUUAAGGAGACCGUCACCGACACCGGUGACCGUAUCGCCCGCGGCUUCCAGUCCGACGACAGCAAGUCCGGUCCCCAGGAGGCUUUUGACAAGACUCAGCGUUCCCACGACAACAACGCCCACGGCGGUGCUACCAGCUCGAUUGGCGACAAGAUCAAGAACGCCGUUGGCCUGGGUGACAACUAAGUGCACGCCACAUCCUGAUUACAAUCGAUCGACGAGUAAUGACCAACAACAAUAUCCCUCUGUGAUGCAUGAAUUUCGGAGAACGAUGGGUUGGCGGCUCACGGCAGAUUGUUCU